UGGAAUUUACAGUACAGUGUUUCCAUGUCCCUUGGGCCUGUAACUGCCUUGGGGAAGGAAGUCCCAGCAGUUAUACCUAACAUAGAGCCACGUGGUAAAUGUCAAGGGUUGGGAGGGAAAGGCUGGAAAAUGCUAGAGACGGAACCUGUCAGUAGUGGCAUCAGUCAACAGCCACUAUCAGUGUAGUGUGCCUUGGGCACCCAAAGGAGCCUUGGAGGGAAGAACAGGAUAGGACUAGAUAGAGAUCCAGCAGAGCAGCUAUGCUGGCUUUUAUUGCCUGAGUGGAUGGUAGAGAGGAAGGCAACUUUGCUACUUAGUAUGAUGGACUGGUUGUAGGAAGGGCUAACUGCAAGCUUCCAGUAGGACGGCAGUUUGGAGCUCGAGAAUUGCUUCUCCAGGAGAACUAGAGGAGCUCAUAGAACCUUAAGCGGCGUGCAUUACUUUUGGCCCAGACUAGACUGGUGGUUUGGGUUGAGAAGGCCCUUGCUGGACUUGAUUACACUUAGGAAAGCCCUGGCCUCAAUCUCCAGCAAAGGAGAAAAAAGGAGGGAGUGGUCUGUGUGAUCGCGUACACUGAAGGGGGUUCUUCCCAACUCGUUACAGUACUCUAGGAAGCACUUCUCCACCACUCCCUUCUGUAAUCUCAGGUGAGUAUGCAUGUUGGCUGUCUGGAGGUAAGGUCUGAUAGUCACCUGAAGCUUACCAAUAUAUGGCUGGACAGCAUGCUUCAGGUCAGGGAUCUCUUGUCUACCACACCUGGCUUCUCUUAUGAGUUCUCCAGUUUAAAUUGAGUCUUCAUGCUUGCAAGACCUGGGCUGACUCCCUAAACCCUGGAUCUUUGUUCUUAAAGCAGUUGAAGAAUCAUCUUGAACUUUUGAUACAAGCACAUUUAAAGUAACUCUGCCUGUUAGGUACAUACAAAGGAACCUGCUUAUCCCCUAGAGACCUGAGUACUGAGGAAGAGCAUUUCAAGGAAUUACUGGGGGUGUCUGCCUUGGAAGGAUUUACCUAAUAACAUCUAUGACUUGACAAUGGAGUAGUAGAAUGUAUUAAGGAUGUCUACAUUAUAGUUGCAUAUACAAAAUUAACACAGCUAGGCAUCAAGGUGCAUUCUCUGUGAUUCCAAAAUUCAGGACAGUUAAGGCCAGAAGAUCAUAAAUUUGAAGCUAGCAUAGGCUUUAUAGCAAGACUGUCUGAAAAGAAGGGGAAAAAUAGAAAUGUGGAACCCAGAUUUCUCAAAAGCUGAAGCACAGGUGGCCCUUCAUUUUAAGAAUGAAAUGCAAAAUUCAAAACCAUUUGAGACAGGUUGGUGGGGUGAUUUUGCUCUUCAGUCUGGGCCUAAGUUGUGCCGGGUGAGGGAUAGGCAUUCAUGGAAACACGAAUGACAAGGAUUCAAAGAAUGCCAAACGAGAUGUGAAGAGUUCACACGUGGUGUGUGGCACUGCUGUGUAUAACCACUGGGGUGGGCAGCUUGACACUGAGCAUGAACUCUUGAACAAUGCCAUUAAUGAACAUGUGUGUCGGUGUCUGAACUAGCCAUUGCGGGGGUGGGGGGUAAGAAUUCUUUAGCUUUAUUUUAAAUAAAAUUUUGGGCAAAGGAAAUGUCUCAGCAGGUAAAGGUGCCUCCAAGCUUGAUGGCAUUAGUUCAGUCCUUGGAACCUAUGUGGUGGAAGUUGAGAACUGCCUAAGUUUUCUGAUAGCUGUAUACUCAUACACACCAAGUAAAUGUAAUUUCUUAAAGGGGGGAUGAGAAUUGGUGCAAUGUAACAUGCGAAUGUAUGUAUAAUGCCCAUCUAUUGAUGUGACUGCUGUGUAACACAAAUAAUAAAAACCCAGAAUCAGAUAUUGGGGUUCAAGCUGAAGAUCAGAGAAGCAAAGCAGCCAGCCACUAGAGUUCUCACCUCUACCAAUGCUCAGACCAGAGGGGCGAUCCUGUCCUCAGACUGCAUCUCCGGACUGCACUGAGCUUCUUAUAUAAAACUACUGCUGGGGCUAAAGGUGUGAGCUGUGUCUCUCUCAGACUGAUUAUCUCUCAAGUAGCCCGGGUGACCUUGAGUUCAGAUUCAUCUGCUUGUCUCCUGAGUCCUGGGAUUAAAGGUGUGUACCACCACUGCCCAGCUUCUGGAAGCUAACUAAUGUGGCUGGCUUUAUUAGAUCAUUAGCAAUGCGUCACCACACUGCUGCAGUGAUCCGUACAUCCCCAAACUUUCUUACUAGUCUUAACUUGCCACUUAUGGAAAAACUUCACCUUCUACCAUUUAGCUUUGACAGUGCGACUCUUUAAUAUGGCCUCUCACAGUCUGAAAAUUCUGAUUAAAACCUAGAAUAUGCCCUCUUGAGAUAGUCUUUUCCUUGACUUUUUUCUGGUAAGGUCUUUAUCCUCAGGAUGCAAGAAUACUCCCUCUUCCUCUGUGAAGUGCCGAGUCACCAGCACAGCUGUAAACAUUUCAGUCAGUUCAGGCUGCAGAACCGCUUCAGGUAAGGUCGAAUAGUCUUAAAUUAGUGUAUAUAGUUAGAGGGUUGAGGACAGGGGCAAGGGGAGAUCUGAUGCAAGAAACAGUACAAAUUUUUGCUUGGGAAACAUUGGGUAAACUUGUAUUGCUGUGUUUUCCAGAUAAUUCAAUGCCCAGAGUAGUUUUUAUUAAGCAGCUUGUCUUAGAAGCAAACAGUUCAUUAUUUAAUUAAAUAUGUGUGUCAGACUACCUUCAAAUUCUAUGUGACCGUUAAUUUACUUAACUGCAUGUGCAUCGAAGCACUCAGCCUGCUGCCCUCCUCGUGCCUUCUGUUAACAGUGCAAAGUGCAGAGAAGCAUGGCUUAAAGCCACGGGCAUUAUCGCCUGUUCCACGGAGCUUGGAGAUUAAAAGGGUGUAAUGUGCUGUUGGCACUUUCUAAAAAUAUGAUUGUAAGAAAUGAAUCAAGUGGACCUUGCUGUUCCCUUCCUGGCUGUUGGGUAGAGGCAGCCCUGCUUAAGUCAGUAGAAUCAGUAGCACAGCUAGUUCUCCUGUAGACACUACAUUGUGGUGACUGAACAUGACCGUGAGAAUCUUAAUUCAUUCUGAAAAGAUUUUAAGGUAUUCUUUCUGUAGCUUGAAGGUGUCCAAAUUUCAGUGUUCUAAACUGAGAACUGGGUGAGAUGGCUCAGUAGGUAAGAAUGCAUACCCAGUAAGCCUGAGCUAGACUCUCCAGCCCCCACUUACGCUGAAUAGAAAGGUACUUUUUUUUUUUUUUAAUCGGCCCUUUUAAGAGUGGAGGGAGACUUGGUUGUACCUGGGCAACAUUCCAAGGCAGUGAGAAAGCUGGCCAAAGAGCUGUGCCUGCAGCAGGUGCCAGACUCCAAGAUGGGCUCUGAGCCUUGUAUCAUUGCCUUUCAGACAUGCUAAGGAGCGCCUUGUUGUGCGCGAUGCUCGCACUCGUGCACGCCCAGCCCUUCCCCUGCCCUGAAACCUGCAGGUGUGUGGAUCGCGAUGCUGUGCAGUGCUGGGGCAGCAGCGUGGCUCACAUCGCCUCGCUGGGUCUGCCCAGGAACCUUACACACAUCGUGCUCUUCCGAAUGGACCAGGGCGUAUUGCGGAACCUCAGCUUCAGUGGCAUGACCGUCUUGCAGCGCCUGAUGUUCUCAAACAGCCACAUUUCCGCCAUCGAACCCGGCACCUUCAAUGACCUGGUAAAACUUAAAACCCUUAGGUUGACGCGCAACAAAAUCUCUCAUCUUCCAAGUGAGCUCCUGGAUAAGAUGGUGCUCUUGGAACAGUUGUUCUUGGACAACAAUGCACUAAGGGACCUUGACCAAAACCUGUUUCAGAAACUGCUUAACCUGAAGGAGCUCUAUUUGAAGCGUAAUCAGCUCACUUUUCUUCCUGCUAACCUUUUCACGAGCCUGGGGAAGCUGAAGGUGUUGGAUUUAUCGGGAAACAACCUGACCCAUCUGCCCAAAGGAUUGCUUGGGGCGCAGGUUAAACUUGAGACACUGCUGCUCAACUCAAACCAGCUCGCGUCUGUGGAUUCGGGGCUUCUGAGAAACCUGGGCUCCCUAAUUGAGCUGCAGCUGGACUGGAAUCGCCUCCGCUCCAUCGCAGCCGGUGCUUUCGACAGCCUCGGAAACGUGAAGUUGUUGACUCUGUCCAGAAAUCUCCUGGAGACCCUGCCACCCGCGCUCUUCCUUCGUACGAGCAACGUGACUCAGCUGACCCUGUUCGAGAAUCCCCUGGAGGAGCUCCCGGAGGUGCUGUUCGGGGAGAUGGCCGACCUGCGGGAGCUGUGGCUGAACGGCACCCAGCUGCGCACGCUGCCCGCAGCCGUCUUCCGCAACCUGAGCGGCCUGCAGACUCUGGGGGUGACGCGGAACCCGAGCCUAGGCUCGCUCCCGCGCGGCGCGUUCCAGGGACUGGCGGAGCUGCGCAUGCUCGCGCUGCACUCCAACGCCCUAGCGGAGCUUCCCGACGACGCGCUGCGCGGUCUCGGCCGCCUGCGCCAGGUGUCGCUGCGCCACAACCGGCUGCGGGCCCUGCCCCGCGCGCUCUUCCUUAACCUCAGCAGCCUUGAGACCGUGCAGCUGGAGCACAACCAGCUGGAGACGCUGCCUGGAGAUGUGUUCGCGGCCCUGCCCCAGCUGACUCAGGUCCUGCUGGGCCACAACCCCUGGCUCUGCGACUGUGGCCUGUGGCCCUUCCUCGAGUGGCUACGGCAGCAUCAGGACCUCCUGGGCCGAGACGAGCCCCCCCAGUGCCAUGGCCCAGAGCCACGCGCGGGCCUGUCGUUCUGGGACCUGCUUCAGGGUGACCCGUGGUGCCCGCACCCUCGAGGCCUGCCUCUCAACCCUCCAGCCGAGAACGCCCUGGAAGCCCCGGUCCCCUCCCAACUGACUAAUAGCUCGCAGUCCCCCGCGUGGGUCCAGCUGGUGGCCAGGGAUGAAGGUCCCGAUCAUAGCUUCUACUGGGGUCUUUAUAUUCUGCUUUUAGUAGCUCAGGCCGUCAUAGCCGGGAUCAUCGUGUUUGCCAUGAUUAAAAUCGGCCAGCUAUUUCGAACAUUAAUCAGAGAGAAGCUCUUGUUUAAGGCAAUGGAAAAAUCUUGUAACUAAUUAAGACGUGACCAGAGCAUUGUAGACGGGGCCUCAGGGAGAAUCUAGUCAGGAUGAUACUCCCUUCCUCCUUUCCCCACGCCUGUUCUCUCCCCUGCUCUUUCUGCCUCAGUUCAUUCUUUCAGGCUUCCUUUCAAGCCCCUCUCCUCAGAAGAGCCUUUUGUAAAUCGCUACUGCUUACUAGGGUGGCCUCGGUUUCCUCCUCUGUUGUUAGUUUCCGAGUGGGAGUGGGGGAAGGAAACUUGGCUUGUAUUUGACUCAUUCGGUCCUACCGUGAGGCUCUGGGUGCCUAGAGGAGAGAGGAGCUCUUUCUUAGUUUCUGAGUUUGGGUGAUGACACUCCUCCUAGGUGAGAGCAAGACCUCUUCUUCACCCAGCAAAGGGUUGGGUAGCAUUUGCUGAAGGAACACCUGCAUAAAAUGAACCCUCGAUCCCAGAGAUGAUGGUUUUUCCCAGGAGAAUGCUGGAGUCUCCUUUUCCCUUUCUAUUUGAAAGGAGAUUGAUGUCCAUUCUCUUCUGUUUUCAUUUUGAGUCCGUUCUGCGGGCUGUUUAGGAAGGCGCUGGCAAGCCUCCGGUGAUGGGCUGAGCUAGGACACACGGGAGCUCCCAUUCCCACCCCAGGGACAACCAAUUCCUGGCACCCACUCCUGACCUGACUGAAAUGACUUUUGGCACUGGUAUGGUGAUGGGAGCUCCCGUGUGUCCUGGCUCGGCCCGUCACGGAGGAAGGAGGCUUGUUUUGAAACAAAGGUUCCACAGAAACCAGAGCCUUAUCUGAGGUGUUCCAGGAAGCUUGGGGAGCUGCUCAGUGUAUCCCACUGGCCUCCUGUGAGUUUCCACUGCUUUGAACCAGGGAAAUGUGUCACUUGGUUCCCAUAUCCUAGAGGUAAAUGCCACCUCAUUUCAGAAGCAUUUAUGGAGCUGUGACCAUGUGAUAGGUGUUCAUGAAGGUAAUGAUAGCUUGGUUUCCAUGCACCGUGCUUGUAUCACAUUCCCAUUUAUCCUUCCAAUUGAAAGCAAUUAAACCCUUGUUGCCUUAAUUGGCUGUCUGCUUAUGAGAGGCAGUGGUUAAACACAUGCAUGGGAGCUUCAGUCUGUGUCCCCGCUUCCUAACCCCCAGGACAAUGUACACACGUUCUGUAAACCUGGGCUUCCUGAAAGGGAUGCUGUGAGAAUUAAAGCUAAUAAAACAUACAGAGACUUGACCCAGUACCCUGGAUACAAAAACUGGCCAGUGAGUAGGAGUUACUACUAAAGAGUAUGCAGUUACAUUCUCAGCCCGCCCCCCCCACACACACACACUCAUGGGCUGCUUUUGAACUGGAGAUCUUGCACUCCCAGGCUCUGGGACUGUAAGUUUGGGCUGCCACACUCAGCUGGUAUCAUGCUUUCUAAGGAAGAUAUUCCACCCUCUGUGUAGAAAAGAGUAAACUUUCUCAAACUGGAGGUUAGACCCAAACCAGCUCUGUCUGUCUCCACAUAGUCUGUGAGCUCAGUCCUGUGCUCAUGCUCGGGUUCUGUGUUUGCAGGCUACAGGCAUGGGUCCUCCCAGCACCAUCAGGGUGUGUGGGGGAGAAAUAGCUGGGUCCUGACAUCUGUCUGCCUGUGCUUCUUCAACACCAGCUUCAAAUCUCACCCCCUUGCUGAAGCUCCCCCUACUGUGUGCUUCCUGUACUUGCUGCCUCUCAGAUGCUGGGCACCACCCUCCCCAUCUGGCCCUGGGUGUGACUUUAGAGCAGCUGUUUAAUUAGCCUCUUGUUCUGUAAACUCACUGGACAGUUUCUGUCUUGUUUAUUUCAAAAAUUUGGAGCCACUAAUAUCUUAAAAUCCAGGUGUGUGUGUGUGUGUGUGUGUGUGUGUGUAACUCAGACUCUGUUCUAAAUACUACUCUCUGAGUCAGGCUUUCUAGCAUGGGGCCUGUUUUCAUCUGUAGGAUGAGGAUGACAGUUGUCCCUACCAGUGCUGGAAGGACCACAUGAGGUAGUUCCUGCCAAGUAAAGACGAUGGGCUGGUUCCUAAGGCCCAGUGGCAGCUGUUUUGAUCAGCUAUUCUGGAAUCCACCGUGUCCUAACAUUUCUCUCUGCCUCUUCAUGUGUUGCUUCAUUUGGCGAUUUGAUUUACUAUUCUAUACCAACCACUCUGGUAAGUGGAGAGUCAGAGCCAGGAGAGAAACAAUGCCCACUUCCAUGGGGUUAUACCCGGGGGUCCCACCAGCCGUGAGGUUGUCCCACAUUCCAGGACAUUCAGAACCAAGGUAGGGAGGACAGCUUCAGACACUUCUGCCAGCUUCAUGAAAUAUUCGUUCUUCCCUCUGUUUGAUUAAAUUUUUUAAACAUUGUCAAAAACAACAGAUAAUAUUGAAAACCCAUGUGUAAUCUCUUCCUGACUUCAUCCCUUUUUCUCUAUCAAACAAUAAAGCUACUCAAUAAAUGUGCCUUA